AUGAUGAAGAUGAUUGCAACCCUCCAGAUUUUGGCCACCAUGGCAUUGUCCGUGUCAGGUUUUGCGCCUGCUUUGCGCCCCCAUUCCACCACCACGUUGCAAGCUCUGUCGUUCAAUGACAAUGUCCUGGCGAGAAGCGAUCUUCCAGGCAAUUUCGGCUUUGAUCCUCUUCAUCUGGCCCAGACUCCGCAACAACUGGUGACCUACCGAAAAGCCGAGAUGAAACAUGCUCGAUUGGCCAUGUUGGCCGUCAUUGCGAUCAUGUGGAGCGAUGCGCAUGUCGUGGACACUUUGGGCGCCACGCCAUUUGUGGAGGGACGUGUCUUUCCCGAAUUGUUGGGUGCCUCGCUGGGAUUGCCAGCCGCACUGGAAUUGUACGGAGAACGAGUAGAAGAAGAUCAUCAAGAUGACAAAUCCUACUUUCCGGGACAGCUUGACCUGGACCCCUUCCACCUAUACCCCGCCGAAACCACGGGACAACGACGCGUGCAAUUCGCCGAAAUCAUGAUUGGUCGAGUGUGUAUGAUGGCCGCGGCAGCACGAAUGACAGACAUGCUGCUAGAUGCCGUUACCGCCGCCGAACCCAUGGAAGAUUUGAUUGUGGUUUAG